AUGGGAAGUAUGGGAUCCGAAGCGCAGAGAAUAAAUGUUUGGUUGGAUUGCGAUCCAGGCCACGAUGUAAGUUUUAUAUCUUCGUAUCUGUUUGGAGAUAUGCAUGUUGAAAGUGUCUUAUAUUCGUCAUCUGGAGGCUAA